UUUUUUUCCCUGUUUUCUGAUGAUUUGUUUCUAUUCGUUCGUCCAUUCAUUGUACUUGGUACUGUGACGGCUGUACGAGGGAAGCCAUGGCGUUGGAUCCCUCCGAUGUCCCAAAUAAAGGUCCUCUAUUUGUCAAGGUGACCGCUAUCUUGACGGUGAUCGCCUUCAUAUUAGUGGCCUACCGAAUACUAUGGAAGGUUUACAUGAAAAGCAAAAUCGCUGCCGAUGAUGCGAUCAUCUCUUUCUCCAUGGUUAUACAGAUUGUAAAUACAGUCAUGGGGGACUUGGCAUGUCACUACGCUUUCGGUCGCCACCGCGCCGACGUGGUUCGAACAGGAGGCAACCGAGUCCUGGCAUUGAAGUUCUUCUGGCUCUUCCAGAUCUUCUACAAGCUCGUCCUGUGUCUCAAUAAGCUAUCCUUCCUCGCAUUCUACCUUCGUCUCUUCCCAACCCCCAAAUUCCGUCUUAUCUGCUGGAUCACCAUCGCCCUGGUCCUAUCCAGCACCUUCGGGUUCGUAAUCGCCACCAUCUUCCAAUGCAUCCCCGUCCACGCGAGCUGGCACAAGGAUAUCCCCAAAAAGUGCGUCAGAAACGCUGAAUUCCGCUGGUCCUGGGCGGGCUACAACACCAUCAUGGACAUCUGGGUGUGCCUAAUGCCCAUUCCCGUCCUAGCACGGCUACACCUCGAUCGUAUCCGCAAAAUCGGGGUGAUGCUCGUCUUCUGCAUGGGCCUCUUCGUUUGCAUAACAAGUAUUGUUCGCAUGUGGGCCAUGGCUGAAAGCACAAAAACGAACGACCCAACAUGGGGAUCAUUCGAUGCGCUGAUGUGGAGUGCUAUCGAGGCUAGUACGGGGAUUAUUUGUGCCUGUCUACCAUUUUUGAAGCAUCCGAUCCAGAGGGUUAUUCCUAGUUGGUUUGUUUCCUUGUCGAAUGGCUCGAGGAAGACGAGGCCGAGUUACCGGAUGAGUCGACUUGGGUCACAGUCUGGGAUACGGACGGGCGGACAGAGGGAUGAGGAUUAUUAUGGGGAGGCUGAUUCUGAGAGUAUGGGCAGUCAGGGCCCCAUUGCCAAGAAUCAGAUCGUUAUGAAGACGGAUAUUGUCAUGCGUACUGAACGGGCUUAUUCGUGAUAUGAAUUCUAUUCUUUUUUUCGAGAAGAAUGAAGUAAAAUUAAAUAUAUACUUUUACGGAGCACGGUCAUGGUGAAA